ACGUGCCGCUUCCAUUUCCGGAACCAAUGGCGCCGACUGCGCUGCCGUCUGUCUCCGUAGGUGAAAGCGUCAGCUUUAAACUUUGAAAGAAAAAUGUCAGGAAAUACAGUGUUUUAUUCAGAAACUAAGUCCAUCAUGGAGACUGUCAUAAAGACGGCUGUUGAUGUUAUCGGAAAGUCCACAAAGGAGCCUAAUCUGAGACGUAAUCCAGAUUUUGACAGUAUCGUGGAAAUGUUGGCACGAGAGGCAACAAGAAAGAUCAGUGCCAUUUUCUCCCAACUGUCCUCACUGCUGCACAUCGAAAACAAGACUCUGUCGACCAAAGUGGGACAGCUGGAGAACGAGCUGAAGACUAUGACUGAAAACUAUGAAAAUGCCAGAAUGUGGAGAGAGAAUGUCCUGAACGGCUGCCCGGUCCUGUUUGAGCAGAGUGGGUUGAUUUUCACCUUGAAGCCAUUUGGGAAGUUAAAAAGAAAAACAGAUGAAGUGACAGAGGGAGUAACCAAAUCAUCGCCUGCUGCUGGGAUGCAGAGUGCGUGUGAUGCUGAUGGUGGAGAGGCAACGAAGGAGGUGAAUUCUGAAGCUGAGUCCUCACCAGCAACUAGACAUGAUGCUGCAGAAGAUUGUUCAACUACGAACGUGACAGAAACCAAAAACACUCACAGCCAAAUCACACAGGAAGCAGAAGUCCAGAAGAAAGGGAGGAUGUUUGUAUGCGAAGUGUGUAACAAGAGCUUCAGCCGGCAGUUUCAUCUGAUGAAGCACAUGAACACUCACAAAGAGCAGAGGCCUUUCGCCUGCAACCAGUGUUCGAGAAAAUUCAGGAAUACGUCAACCUUUGAGUACCACCUGCUGCGCCACGAGGAGAAGAAGUAUGCCACCUUCAAGUGUCAGCUCUGUGACAAGACGUUCAAAACAAAAAUGCAUCUGAAGACCCAUCAGCUCGUGCACACAGACACGAGACCGUUCAUCUGCUCCACCUGUGGGAAGGCCUUCAAAACUAAGCACAACCUGCAGGCUCAUCAGGUGGUCCACACCACCGAAAAGCCACACAAAUGCUUGGAGUGCGGGGAGAGUUUCAGGUACGCCUUCACCCUGCAGUGCCACAAAAGCAUUCAUACUGGAGAGCACCCGUACAAAUGCACAGAGUGCGGCAAGGCUUUUAUAAAGAGGAGGUCACUGAGGACGCACCAGUCUGUCCACAGAGGGAAAACGUUUACGUGCGAGACGUGUGGAGCAGGUUUCACUCUUCAACACAACCUAAAGAGACACAUUCGCAUCCACACUGGUGAGAAACCGUUCAAAUGUAAAGUCUGCGGGAAGAGCUUCAUUCAGGACAACAAGCUGAAAGCACACAUGCUUCUUCACGGUGCUUCAAAGUCGUUCAUGUGCGACCUGUGUGGAAAGACUUUUCUGUACAACUGCCAGCUGCAGAAACACCAGAAAGUAAUUCAUGAUGAGAGACAUGGGCAGGUCAUCAGAAGACGAACUCGGGAGCGAGGUAACCGCAGAGUUAUCUGUCGACGGGACAGAACAACAGUAGAUGUGACACCGUUCAGCUGCAAGACCUGCCGCAAGGGCUUCGACACUGCGAGUUCACUGAAAAGACACGAGCUGAUCCACACAGGUCAGACACAAUACAGCUGCCAAACAUGCGGGAAGUCCUUUUUCUACAAAGCCACAUACGACUACCAUCAGCGGAUCCACUCAGGAGAGAGGCCAUUUGGUUGCGACGUGUGCGGGAAGAGGUUCAUCAUCCGACAGGCUCUGAAGUCCCACGAACUGCAGCACUCUGGAGAGAAGCCACAUAAAUGCGAGCAGUGCGGCAAGGCCUUCAGGAUCUACACAAACUACCUCAGACACUUACGGAUCCACACAGGGGAGAAGCCGUACGAGUGUGAAGUUUGCGGGAUGAGGUUCAGGCAGCUCGGACACGUCAAGUUUCACAUGCAGGUCCACACAGGAGAAAGACCGUACUCUUGCAGCAGCUGUGGACUUGGAUUUUCAGAUUCAAGGCUGCUGAAGAGACAUAACUGUGCUGACAAAUAUCAGAAAAUGCUAGGGAACACACUCACAACAUCCUCACAGCUGACAUAUCAAUUCGUCAGCAUGUCAGAUUUGGAGGCUCAGGUGAGCUCCAUUUUGGAGAUAAUGGUCAAUGCGACUGUCACAGAAAUGACCAAAGUUACGGCUGAAAACAUUCACGGAUGCUCGGAAGAAAAGGUGAUCCAGUUCAAUGUCUUCAUGACGUCUCUGGCUCGAGAAACUGUGGAGAAGAUCUGCCAGCUUUUCCAUGAAUGUUCUUCUCUGCUGCGGUUAGAAGUGUCGCAGGGUGUGGCAGAGAUUGAGGACCUGAGGAAGAGGCUGGAGGUGGCAGAGGCGGAGCUGAAGCUGGUGUUAGAAGGCAGCAGAGGUCAGAACGAGGCAGAGGAGCUGGCAGAGGGAGGCAGCAGACAGAAGGAGGGCAGGAGGGCUCCGACAAGUGGAGCAGAAGGAGAGACUGUCCAGACCGGCCACCGCUCAGGGAGGAAGAGUCGCAGAGUUGUGGCUGGUGGUGAUACAGGAGUGAAAAGGUCACCUAUAAUUCAUCUGUGGAAAGGCAGAACUUAUGAGGACAGUGUUCAGCCAGUUAUAAUAAAGGAGGAAGGAUUGGAAGCGUUGGCUGACCAGGUAUCCUCUGAUUCUGGUCAGUGCAGAGACGAAGUGGGUCAAGACGACGAUGACGAUCCAGACUACCAGCUAGAGCCAGAAGAUCUAGACGAUGGCGACCCAGGAUACACCGCGAGACCUAAACGCGUUGUGAAGCCCAAGUCUCACCGAGGUCGGGCGAAGAAGGAGAGUCAGAACCAGCAGCCUCUGAGCUGCAAACACUGCAGGAAAACCUUCACCAAGCUGCUGCAGCUCAAAGCCCACCAAGCCGUCCACGGAGCCAACACAGAGAAGCCCUUUCAUUGCUCUCAGUGUGGCAGAGGUUUUUCAUUCCAGCGCAGCCUCAACGCACACAUGCUACUGCACACAGGUGAGAGACCACACACCUGUGAGGUUUGUGGGAAGGGUUUCACCCUGAAGCAGCUCCUGAGGAACCACCAGCGCCUCCACGCUGAGGUCCGGCCGUUUCGCUGUGAACAGUGCGGGAAGAGCUUCUACAGAGCCCACGGCCUGAAAAUGCACCAGAUGGUCCACACUGGAGAGCGGGCCUAUAACUGCCAGUACUGCAACAAAAGCUUCACAAUACAAGGCAACCUACAGCGUCACCUGCGCAUACACACGGGGGAAAAGCCAUUCAGGUGCGAGACCUGUGGGAAAAGCUUCAACCAGGCCGACACCCUGAAAGGCCACCAGCGGAUACACACCGGUGAGCGUCCAUUUAGCUGUGAGACCUGCGGCAAGUGUUUCAUCCAGAAGAGCGCCUUGAAGAUGCACCAGAAGACCUCUCACUCAGGCGAGAACACACUGGCUUGCGUGGCGUGCGGCACAACAGUGGCCUGCGUCGACUCGCUACGCAAACACCUCCAGACGCACGCGGCAACCAUCCCGUGCACGUGUGUGCUCUGCGGCAGACGGCUCAGCUCCAUAACCGACCUGCGCUCGCACCAGCAGCACCACACAGUGGACAGGCCGCACAGCUGUGGGCUCUGCGGGAAGAGUUUCAAGUCGUCCAGUUACCUGAAGAUUCACCUGAAGACGCACAGCGGGGAGAGGCCCUUCUCCUGCGACAUCUGUGGUCGAAUGUUUACACAGCACAGCAGCCUUAAAUCGCAUCAGGUCGUUCACACAGGAGAGAAACCGUUCAGCUGCGACACAUGUGGGAAAUGUUUCAGCAACACGGGCAACCUGAACAGACACCAGCGUAUCCACACCGGGGAGAAGCCGUUCAGCUGCGACACCUGUGGACGCAGCUUCAACCAGGGCAACAGCCUUAAGGCCCACCAGCAGAUACACACUGGGGAGAAACAGUUUAUGUGCGACAAGUGCGGGAAGAGUUUCUCCUACCUGAGGAACCUGAAGGACCACAAGUGUUUCUACGUCUGAUGCGAAACUGCAAAGACACCUGGUGGCCCUGGUGGCAGAGCAGAGGGCGUAAGCUUCUUUGUGCCUGGUGAGAAAUAAAUGGAUGGACUAGGAUUUUCACUGUUAAGCUGUCAAGGAAAGUGGUAAGUAUAGAUUCAGUGUGGAGUUCAGAUGAGAGAACUAAUAAAUUAGUGGAGACAGUUACUGUGUAUACUAUCACAGUCAACGGUUUAAGAGCCUUGGGUGAGCAGCUAUUUGUGUUUUAAGUUGCAGAUAUUUACCUAAUACUGUUCUUCAGACAGACUUGCAGUGGGAGAAACAGGUAUGAUAUUCUUCAAAAAGAUACUGGAAAAACAACAUUUAAGAGCAAUCAACUAUAAGGAGUACACCUAAUAAUCCUGAGAUCAUGUAAGAAAGAAUUUGCCGGUAAAUUACAGAAAAUAGUCAAAACUAAGGAGAGCAGUUGGACAGGGAGAAAAGAAUAACUGAAAAAUAUAAUGGUUUCACUUGAGGAACUUGCAUGUACCAAGAGCCUUUUAGUCCUCUAUCUGAAUGCAUUUGUGAACAGAGUGUGCUGGUAGAUGUCUGAAAGGUCUGAGCACAGUUGAAUGAACAGACUUCUCAAUGAAGAUUGGCUGUGUAGGCUACUAAAAAAACUUAAACUGCCCCUUAGAAUUAAAUGGACUGGCUAAUUGCUUGUUUUUUGACUAACAGAAUGGAUGUGAAUUUUAUAUUUUUGUAUCGGAGCAGACCCAAUUAAUAGACUUUUUCAAAUACAGGUUUAUUGUACACAGGAUCUAGAACUUUUGGCCUAAUGACCAAUGUGGCAAAUGGAUUUAAAAGUUUACAGUACAUUCUCAUUACUUUCAGAGUCCUAGUUUUACUAGAAGUAGCAUGAACAACCUUACCAGCCACAGUUAAAAUUUGGCAGUAUUUUCCUGGCAGCUGUUAAAUUCCAACCCUGAUCCAUAAAGACUAUGAAAGUGUGACUAACUGAUUUUAUUGUGUUUAGCUUUUUUCAGGAUUUUAAACAACCGUAUUUAAGUUUUAGGACUUUUGAGACUUCUUCAAGUUGGUUAAACCAUUAUCUGUCUUUUUCCAAACAUAAUUUAAGGUGAUAAAUAAAUUACUGAAAAACAA